CCUCUCCUCUCCUGGUCACUCAGACCCACCCCUCUCCCCUGCAGGCCUGGAGCCCCGCAGCAGCACCAUGAGCUUCGUAGCCUACGAGGAGCUGAUCAAGGAGGGUGACACAGCCAUCCUGUCGCUGGGCCAUGGCGCCAUGGUGGCAGUGCGCGUGCAGCGGGGCGCACAGACCCAGACCCGCCAUGGCGUCCUGCGCCACUCCGUGGACCUCAUCGGCCGCCCAUUCGGCUCCAAGGUGACGUGCGGCCGCGGCGGCUGGGUGUACGUGCUGCACCCCACCCCCGAGCUCUGGACGCUCAACCUGCCACACCGCACCCAGAUCCUCUACUCCACCGACAUUGCGCUACUCACCAUGAUGCUCGAGCUGCGGCCCGGUGCUGUGGUGUGCGAGUCCGGCACAGGCAGCGGCUCGGUGUCACAUGCCAUCAUUCGCACCAUUGCGCCCACGGGCCACCUGCACACGGUGGAGUUCCACGAACAGCGAGCCGAGAAGGCCCGGGAGGAGUUCCAGGAGCACGGUGUGGGCCGCUGGGUGACAGUGCGCAACCAGGACGUGUGCCGCAGUGGCUUCGGCGUCAGCCACGUAGCUGACGCCGUCUUCCUGGACAUUCCCUCACCGUGGGAGGCCGUGGGCCAUGCCUGGGAUGCCCUCAAGGUGGAAGGUGGUCGCCUGGGCUCCUUCUCACCCUGCAUCGAGCAGGUGCAGCGGACAUGUUUGGCACUGGCGGAACAUGGCUUCUCAGAGCUGAGCACGUUGGAGGUGCUGCCGCAGCUCUUCCACGUGCGCACUGUCAACCUGCCCACACCUGACUUGGGCCGCCCUGGCCCGGAUGCAGGCCCCUUUCGCAGCGGCACCCCCAUGAAGGAGGCUGUGGGCCACACCGGCUACCUGACCUUUGCCACCAAGGCCCCAGGCUAGGGGACCCCAUGCGAUCUAGUGCCUGCCCUUCUCACCAUACUGGGUAAUUUCGGGGCUGAACCUGUGGUUCCCAGAGGGGUGUGGGAAGCACUGAGCUGUGUCCCAACUGUGGCUCGGCCUGCCUACAAGCGCCCCAGACCCUCUCUGCCACCCAGAAGUGCCUUUUGUGGCCUGAUUUAGGGACAGGCCUGACCCUCUAGAGGCUGUGGGCCACUGGGGCUGUGAGGGACAUUGUGGGGACAAG